AACCUAAUUUAUUUGUUUAAAAUUUAAAGAAACGUAAAAUUCUAGUUAACGUAUUGAUAAUUUCUCCAAACUGAAAAUAAAAUAAUUUCAUCAUUAAGGCGACUGUCAUGUUAUGUUAUUUACUCAUCCUCCAUUGCAUCUUCACCUCCAUUAUUUUCUUCUUUCUAGACUCUAGACAUAAACCCUAGACCCCAGGGAAAAACAACCAAAUCCACGACAUCAGUGAAAUUCCUACACUUCUUUCUCAUCCAUGGCACUCUCCCCUUCUUACUCUACCCUUCAAUCUUCCUCAUCCUCUUCUUCUCCUCCAUUAAUCACGACAUCUUCCAUUUCCCUCAAUUUCUUUCUUUCUCUCCCAGAAGUCACUUCAAAGAAAACCCAUCACCAUUAUUUCUCCAAGAUUUUGUCAAUGAAACCAGUUUCAAUAUCAGUAAUGUAAAUAUUAUUUUCUAAAAAAUAAUUUGACUUUUGAGAGAGAUAUAUAUAUAUAUAUAUUAAACUUAAUUACGAGAUUAAUUGUCUUUUUGUAUAUAUAUUUUUUCCAGACGAUGGUGGUUGAAAGGAAUAAGAAUAAGAGUCGGAUGGAGGUUAUGGAGGAAGGACUGGCUCGAGCGAGGGCGGCAAUAAAACAGGCGUCACAGCGGCGGAGUUACACGUCGAGUAAGGAGGAGAGCCUUGUUCCGAGAGGAGCUGUUUACAAAAACCCUUAUGCGUUUCAUCAGAGUCACAUUGAGAUGGAGAAGAGGUUCCGGGUAUGGUCCUACAAGGAAGGGGACCCGCCUUUAUUCCACACCGGGCCCAUGAAAGACAUCUACUCCGUGGAGGGGCAGCUCAUCGACGAACUCACCAGCGCCGACAGCCCCUUCUUGGCUCGCCACCCUGACGAGGCGCUAGCCUUCUUCCUUCCGGUCAGCAUUGUCAACAUCGUAUGUUUUGUCUACCGCCCUUACACAAAUUACUCCCGUGACAGUCUCCAGAACAUUGUCAAGGACUACAUCACUCUAGUUGCUGGUAGAUACCCUUACUGGAAUCAGAGCUCCGGCGCCGAUCAUUUUCUCGUCUCCUGUCAUGAUUGGGCACCGGACGUUUCAGCCGCCGAUCCCGAACUUUUCAAGAAUUUCAUCAGAGUUCUUUGCAAUGCCAACUUAUCGGAGAGAUUUAAACAGGCUAGAGACGUUUCAAUGCCCGAAAUCUUCCACCGAUAUGGGCAACUCGGCUCCCCUGACCUCGGCCAACCCCCUAACAACCGCUCCAUCCUCGCUUUCUUCUCCGGUGGCGCUCACCGGGUUGUCAGAAAGAUCCUAUUUGAACACUGGAAGGAAAAAGACGACGACAUCCUCGUUUACGAGUACCUCCCCAAAACCCAGAAUUACACCCAACUAAUGGGCCGAAGCAAGUUCUGCUUGUGCCCUAGUGAGUGGGAAGUGGCCAGUCCAAGGGUGGUUGAAUCCAUAUACGCCGGCUGUGUGCCGGUGAUAAUCUCCGAUCACUACGUGCUGCCGUUCAGCGAUGUGUUGGACUGGAGCCAAUUUUCAGUUCACGUACCCAUUUCAAGGAUACCGGAGAUAAAAUCAAUACUGCUAGGAAUUUCGGAGGCUGAGUAUUUAGCGAAACAGAGGCGGGUUGUUCAAGUGCAACGACAUUUCGUGUUGAACCGGCCGGCAAAGCGGUUUGAUUUGAUGCACAUGGUGAUGCAUUCAGUGUGGCUCAGAAGGUUGAAUUGGAGGCUGCCCAUUAUGUGGUUGUUAAUUAAUUUCGGAAGGAAAAUGGGAGAAUUUUUUUUGCAAUAGUUGUAGGCAAUAUACCCUGUAUAAUAAUUCACAAGGAUUCAUCUUGAAAAAACACAUUAGAAAAUUUCAUUAAUCCAUUCAAUGGGUUCGGUAAUUUGUUUCAAGAUACCAUGAUUACAUCUACCAUUCAAUAAACAAUCAUAGUUUGC